GCGUCCACUCUGGUUCAUGGCAGAGAUCUCUUAAUAUCUGAAUUAAAGUUUUCAGCCAUGGGGGACUGGUCUUACCUGCUGACACUGCUACACAAGGUCCAAUCUCACUCAACUAUAGUGGGUAAGAUCUGGAUGAGCGUCCUCUUCCUGUUCCGGAUCUUUGUCCUAGGUGCUGCUGCAGACAAUGUUUGGGCAGAUGAAGUGUCAGAGUUCUACUGUGACACUCAGGAACCAGGAUGUAUACAUGCUUGCUACAACUGGAAGUUUCCAAUAUCCUUUGUACAUUACUGGGUCCUGCAGAUCACCUUUGUGUCAACUCCUACCCUUGUCUUUCUGGGAUAUGCUGUACACAUAAUUCAUAAAGAGAAAAGAAUGAUGGAACAGCUGCAGGAUGGAGUUGAUGGAACUAAAUUAAAGAAACGCAAAUAUACGGAUGAUCGUGGAAAGGUGAAGUUAAAAGGGACACUCUUUUGCACGUAUAUGACACAGCUCCUUUUAAAGAUCUUCCUGGAAGUUGGAUUUAGUGUGGGCCAGUUUUUUAUCUUUGGUUCCCCAUUCAUUCACUUAAAGUUCCACUGUAAAAUGUCUCCUUGUGCCGAAAUGGCUGGUGCCCAGUGUAUGGUCUCCCGUCCCACAGAGAAAACGAUCUUUAUCUUUUUUAUGCUUGCAGUUUCAGGCAUUUCAGUACUCCUGAAUAUAAUUGAGAUCAUUUACCUUUGCUGUACAAGGAGAAGAGAUAAUAAGAAACAGUUUUUAUGUGAACAGCAUGAGCUCAGUUCACAGUACUACCCAUUCAGUCCAGCUGGCCAAAACACAAAUCGCCCACAUGGAGGAGUUCCAUUGUUCACUCUGCCAGGUCAUGCUAAGACGGGACUCAACACUAAUGAGAACCACAGUGAUUCCAUCGUUAAAGAGAAGGAUACCUGA